GGAUCAUAUCGACAUGGUUUUAAUUGAACACAUCCCGUCAGUCUUCUUUUGUGGCAAUAUUAUGGGAACGUGGUUAACCUUAGCCUGCGUCAGCCUUCUUGCUGUCAUUGGAAGCUGUUCCGUGGCCAGUCAAUCUUUAGAAUGGGACGAUGCGUGUGGUAUUAGCAAAUAUGCAGAUGCUGGAUCAGAGAGUAGAACAAAAAGGAUGGUUGGAGGAACACCUUCAAGAAAAGGGGAAUUCCCCUGGGUGGUAAGUAUAGGAUGGGGCAACGGCGACCAUGCAUGUAAUGGCUUUAUCAUCGACAAAAACUGGAUACUUUCAGCCCAACAUUGUUUCGGUGUUGGUACCGAUCCUAGCCAUUUGACAAUUUGGGUUGGAAAUUCCCGUACAAAACCUCACGAUGGGACUCCUUACGUCCAUUCAAGAAUUAUUUUUCAUCCUAUGUACGACUACAACAAUGGCCAAUACAAGUAUGAUAUCGUCAUGAUGAAGCUUUCAGUACCACUCAAGUGGACUGAUGAUGUUAGGCCUAUUUGUGCACCAGAACUUAAGAAAUCAUAUGUCAAUUACGAUGCUUGGCUGGCCGGUUGGGGAAAUACACACCAAGGAGGGGCCCCAACUGUGAAUCUUCAGCAUGCCCAGCUAUCAAUCAUAGACAACAAGUACUGUGAUCGUCUCACGGGAAAUGACAAGAUCUUUGAUUUUAACAUUUGCCAUAUUGGAGCAGGUGACGGCAAAGACGCCGGUGAUGGGGAUAGCGGUGGUGUGUUGAUGGUGAAAGACAAAACUGGUAGGUUCCGAGCGGCUGGAAUACAAUCGUGGGGCUAUUGGCCUGCUGGACAAAGAACCAGUCCUUGUACGAGAAUAACAUAUUUCAUGUCAUAUAUCAACUAUGUUCGAAAAAAUAAAUAGCUUUUGUAAAGAUGUAUGUUGCA